UCUCACCAUCCAAAACAAUGCCCAAAUACCACGGCCAGAUCAUUGAGGUGAUUGAUAAAGAGCAUAUGAUGGGCAUGCUCGAAGUCGUCAGUGACUUUGACGAGAGUAUCCGAAAAGCACCGGACUAUGUCGCUGGUUUACGCGCUGAGCGACAACUAGGAUCUAGCAAAGCUCAAGUCAGUGAUUGUGGUCCUUGA